AACAAUUUCCGUGGUUUUAAGACCUUGGACUAACUGACCCUUGUUUCAUGGGUUCCCGCUUCUAACAUUUUCUUCGUCGCUACGCCAAGGGAAGGUUUCUGCGAGACCUAGCCCUAGCGAACUCAGUCACAAGAAGAAAAAUGGGAAAAAAGCCGUCCGGGACCAAGCAAGCAUUUGUUCUCUUCGGAGCUUUAGCGUUGGGUUGGCUCGCCAUAGAGAUGGCUUUCAAGCCCUUCCUCGAUAAGGCGCGCUCGGCCAUGGACAAGUCUGAUCCCACUCGGGAUCCCGACGACCUUGUCGAUAAUCUAUCUGAUCACAGGCCAUCCGAUGACGAUGAAUCUACCACUGCUUAAACUAGCAAUUGGAAGGUACGAGAGAGUCGGAUAAUAGUGUAGUUUGUCGCCGUCAUCUUGUGUAUGAGAACUGGAAUCUUACAUAUUUCCAUACCGUAUAAGGUCAGUACUGGACCAUUUUAAAUUCAAUUGAAGUCCUUCAGCUUUUAUAAUUAGU